AACUGAUGUCUUCCGGGUGACAGCAGGGGGAUGACAAAACUGUAGGGCCCGUUUUUCCAUUCAGAUUGUCUGUCAAACAUCGACCAAAAAGUAAGGUUUUUUUCCACAUAACAUUGUAUUUUCUUGAGCACAUUGACUACCCGUUUCGGGGAAAUAAAAAUAAUGACCUGACAGCAAUCGCGCUAGUUCACUAACUCGUUCUUUGUUGAGUUUCCUCAAGCUAAAUUAGCUAAGCUAGCAUUGAAGCCAACGUUAAUAAGGUGGACCACGGUUGUAGUUUUACAGGCGUGGAGUUAGUUUGGAAGUCCAGCAGGAAGCUGUUCAGUUUUAGGGCUACAUCUCUGCUUUGGGGGGGCUUAUUCUUUAUGUCCUACUGGGAGGACCAGCUGCAGCACAAUGGCAGAUGACAAGGACGUAUUGAGAGAUGUUUGGUUCGGUCGGAUACCCACAUGCUUCACUCUGAACCCGGAUGAAGUGACUGAGAGAGAGGCAGAAGCAUACUAUCUGCUGCUACCCAGGGUGAGCUACCUGCCUGUUGUCACAGACAAAGUGAAGAAACACUUCCUCAAAGUGAUGAGGGCAGAGGAUGUGGAGGAGAUGUGGUUCGAGUAUGAAGGAACACCGCUCAAAUGGCACUAUCCUAUUGGAGUUCUGUUUGACCUUCAUGCCUCUAAUACAGUCUUACCCUGGAACAUCACUGUGCACUUUAAGAAUUUUCCAGACCAGGAUCUGCUGCACUGCCCAUCAAAUUCCAUAGUUGAGGCUCACUUCAUGUCCAGCAUCAAGGAGGCGGACGCCCUCAAGCACAAGAGCCAAGUAGUCAAUGACAUGCAGAAGAAAGACCACAAACAGUUGUGGAUGGGGCUGCAGAACGAUAAGUUUGACCAGUUUUGGGCAAUGAACAGGAAGCUGAUGGAAUAUCCCACAGAGGAUGGAGGCUUUAGGUACAUCCCCUUCAGGAUAUACCAGACGCUGAGCGACAGGCCAUUCAUCCAGAAACUGUUUCGCCCCGUUUCGCCCGACUGCAAUGCACACACACUUGGCGACCUGCUGAAGGAGAUGUAUCCAGAUGCUUUGACAAAUGAUGGUGAACGGAAGCGCUAUCAAGUUUUGAUCCACGGCAUUGAGCCGCUACUGGAAACUCCUCUGCAGUGGCUCAGCGAACACCUGAGCCAUCCUGACAACUUCCUGCACAUCUGUGUCGUCCCUGUGCCCACUGAUUGAGGCCGUGCCUCUGCACCUUGUCAUCCCAAGACUCAUCAGCCAAUCACCUGCCAGCUGGAUAACCUCAGACAUGGUAGAACUUCAUUGUGGAAACUUGGAGCAAACAGACAUUAAAGGAGAAGGAUCAUAUUAUUAAUCACGGAUAUGAACAAGAUCUCCUUUAUUUGGUUACAUUUCUAUCUGGUCACUGCUACUACUACUCCUCUCUCAGAAAUUUCACAAAGGAUGAAAGGAACUUUUCUUGUUCGAGGAGCAUCUCUUUAAGACACAGGUGUCAAACUCCAGUCCUGGAGGGCCACUGACCUGCAACUUUUAGAUGUGCCUCUGCUGCACCACACCUGAGAAGAAUAAUUAGGUCAUUGGCAGGGCCCUGGAGAACUUAUCUGCACAAUAAGGAGGUAAUUAAGCCUUUCCAUUCCAGUGUUUUAUACUUGUGGCGCUGCAGGACAGCGGCCCUUGAGGACUGGAGUUUGACAGCCCUGAUUUAAGAGAAGAGAUUGCUUCUUUUUUUUUUUCUUCCUGUUUUUCUGUUUCAUAUAGUCUCCAAAUAAUCAAAUAUAUACACUGGAGGUGAACAUUUUUUAAAUUUCCAUUUCCCUUCUUAUUUAAAAGACUGUCUUCAAGACAGGGAUGCUGUUCUGGGCAUUGAGGGGGAGGAUGUGGUGUCAGGUUCUGCUGAAGUUGCCUUAGUUAUUUACCGUCAUGCAUCAUGACUUGGAUGGUGUUGAUGAGUUUACAUCACAGUCUGAAAGUCACCUUUUUAAGAAUACUAAUAACACUGUAAUAUUUCACCAAAAUAAAAAUAUAACCUUGACCAGUGAUUGGAUCUGGAAGUUUAACAGCAUUCACAGGAAUUUGGUUGCACCAAACUCUUCCUGCAACUGCUGAGUUCAACAUCUAAUUCUGAGCUAUGUGAAGAUGCAACAAAAUAACAAAAAAAACAUCUAAAUUGUUAUUGUUACGGUUAUGCUAAUGCUAUAGCAUUGUUCCUAACUUAACAUUAAGAUGUUGAUUUAACUUUUAAAAAUAUAUUAAUUUUUACUUCAUGUUCAGCUGCAAAUUUGAAAUUUAUACAAUUUAUUCAUUAUUAAACCAAAAGGUUAAGCUAAAUCUGAUUUGUGUUUUACCAUGUCUACAAAGAUGCAAGGAGAUGGAACAUUUUCACAUGGUGUCAUCAGUCGUCAAGUGGUUAAUGAGCUUCAAUGAUUAUGUUUGGAGGUCUCUGGGAAAACAAUCCUCACAUCUUAAAUUGCAGGUGGUGAUUUCUCGCCAUCAGUACAACGUUCAGCUUGGUUUUAUAGUCUGUUUCGUGAGACUUGGCCCAAACCUCUUCGAUCCACAGCCAAGCUUAAAUGGGCAUCUGGUUUUGUUAAAACUUAAAGAGCUGAGUGUGAAUGAUGAGACUGUUAGCUUUAGGUGGACAACUUUCUGGGACCAUUUAAUGCACAUGUUUUAUUUAACAUAUUUAGGUUGUAGACACACAACUAUAUCAAUAUCAAACAAGAUGCUCAAGCCAGUGGUUUAGUCCACCAAACACUUUGCAUCCUAGAAAAACAUGAUGAAAAUCAAACAGUUUUUAUUGCUCAUACAAGUUUUACCUAAAUACUUCAGGCUUGGAUUGCUGAACAGCUUUUCAAUCUCAGACAUUUAUAGAGACACAAACAUGGAUACCUUUAUGUAUUAAAUGUAGCAUUUAGCUUUACAUAUUGUGUAGACAGAAAGCAAUUUGAUUUUGUUUCUGCCUUUUCAACUACGUACAUCUUGCUCUUGAGGAUCUUAUUUGUAGUUCAGGAUUUGUUUUUGUUUCUGUGAAAUUUGCAGGUUUUUUUCUUGCCUAUCUAAAAUGUUCAAAUACAAGAAAAUGAAAAACAAAGUUGCAAUUCAAGCAUAGAGCAGUGCACUAGUCCUGUUGCUUUACACGGCUGCCAAAUUAUUUAAAACAAGGUGGCCACUGCAUGUUCUUCUUCAUUACAAGAAAGACAAAUUUGGCUUUUUGGGCAUGUUAUUGAUGCAAAGAAUAUAUAUACCUAUGAGAUGAAAACAAGAGAACAUUCAUCCUAAAAUUGUUAAGCUAAUAGUGAGGACACUAGUGAAGCAGCUGGCCCCUGAAACAAAAUAUCAAAAAGAAUUAUUGUUGUGCACAAUAAGCACUUUAAAACUAUAUUAUUAUACAUGCAUUAAUUCUAUAUUUUAUCUUAAAUCAUCUAAAAUUGCUUAAAGUAAAUGUUCUAACAUAUCUAAUAAAUUUAAUUAACGUUGUAACAGUUUACUUGGUCCCAUUUUUUUCACAAGUGCUUUACAAAAACAUAAACAAAGGUGAAGAAAAUUACAUUAACUGCAAUAAAUACGCUAAAGGAAUAAUUGUAACGUUUAAACAUCACUUAGAGCGACAUAAAACUACACAAAAGCUAAAUUAAAACCUAGAUGUAGGUAAGAAAUUAUUCUUAAAAAAAGCCUACUGAGCAUUAAUUGGAGAGCUGCAUCAAGCAAUGUUUUCAGUUCUUUAUGAAGGUAGACAAACUUUUCUCAAAUAAGAGCAAUUAGAUCUUGUAAAGCAUUUUUGUUUUAAAUAUAAACACUAACAUGGAAAGUUAUUAUUCUGAGAAUGUCAUAAUGUUAAAUUAUUUCUGUGAAACAACCUGCACCUUUAAAAAGAAAAGUUCAAUUACCUGCUGACUCAUUUAAUAUAAUACAAUGUGAAAAUGUCAAGCUUCUUUCUAAGUGUUUUUGUUUUUUCUAAAAAAGUUGCACACUUAUGUUUCAGGUUCUAAUCUUAUUUGUGGAGAUUUAUUUUUUUUAAUCUAUUUACAUAAAAAAAAAACCUUCUGGUACAUCUUGAAGAGAAAUAUCUGUGACAUUGAGGCUUAAUGAUUAGUGAAACAUGAACUUUUAUUAUGAUUUUAGAGAAACUUUCCCCCUGCUUUCUCUUUUUGCUUUAUUCAUCUUUUAAAACACAUCUCCCCCUUCUCAUGUGUUUUACUGCUGAUACUCACCCUCCCUCUCGCUCUUCAUCUCUCCUGGUUAAUUGUCUGCUGGCAUUCACUCGCUGCUAAUGAGACCGCUAAACUGUCCAGACAGGCCUGGGGCUGCUCUGUCACUGUGUGCGCUUUCAGGGAGUCAAACUCUGCAGCGUGAGUAUGUGUACAUAAUUACAGACAUCAUUUAUAGCCCCCUGCAGGUGUGUGAGUGCAGUUUCAGAUGUCUACACACACAUAGACGCUCGUCUAUUGUCACAAUGCCAAUCUGCUAAUUUAAAGUGUAUGUUGUGUGAGUGAUGUCACACAUCAUGUCAUCACUUCAGGCUUCCUCACUGCUGUUUCUGCCGCCAAGAAUGAUUGGACCGUGGUUUUUAUGGUGUUGAGUCAAAAAGCCGCCACUCGGCGUGGGGUAACGUGUCUGUUUUUGUGUGUGAAAAUGUGUUUUGUGUACUAUGCAAUCUGGUGCCGGAGACGUAGUGAUGAACGGUCUGACACACUUUAAUGGGAUUUCCCGGCCCGUCAUCCAACCCCCACACUGUACGGCACACCGAGGCAGGAGAGGCUCUGAAAAUAAAAGCCGAGCAGGAGUGUGUUGCUUCGUGAGGGGCGGAGAUGGAAUGAGUUAAAUUGCUUGCAGAAAUUUAUUUCCAUCUCAAUUUGAGAUGCUUUAGACCUGAAUCAGAACUGAUGCCAUCAUUCCUCCUCAUUCUGUCCAGAUCGUCUAGACAAGUUUUGACCAAGUUUUGUUGAAAAUAUUUUUAAAAAGAGCUCAAAGGCUUUACCUGAAGCAGUUGUAGAAGUUUAUUAGAGCCAAAACACAGUUUCACGUUCCUUGUAAGUCAACACCUGGGUUACGAUCCCCCAUCAUGGUGGUUUCAAAUGUCUGAGAGCCAUUGCACACCUGAAAGUCUUAACUAAGGUUCAUGGUUUUUGUUUAAUUGUGAAUAUUUGAUCCAGUUGGUUUGUACUUCCCACAAGAAAGUGAUACUCGUACUGUCACUAAUGCCAUAGCUAUUUUGGGGAAAAAAUUACCUUAAUUUCAACGUCAUUUGGCCGGUCACAAUAAAAAAUGUUGCUGGAUGAUAAAUUGAUCCAGUAACUAUUCCGGUAAACAAUAGUAAUACUGUUUUAAGACCGUUUUCAAGUAAUAUAUUUAUAAUUAUUUAAGUUAUUUAAGUUUGGCCUCUGUAAGACCAGUAAACUAUAACUUUGUAAAGAACACUUAACACAAGAACUCAAACAUAUUUUAAAUAUUCAAAGUAAAUUACAACCAGAAAUGGUAAAACAGAAAUAAAAACCACACGCAACCAAAACCAAAAAUAAAUUGGUAAAGUCUCUAUAUUCAUCAUAAAAAUUAAAAUCAUCAAGCUUAUUUUAAUUAAUUAUGUUAAUUAAUUCUGACAGAAUUUAAUUUCAUCAUUGUUGAGAUGGUGGGGUGAUAAAGCUGUGCUUCUUGGAAUCCAGAAGUUGUGUGUUGUUUUUUUGUUGUUUUUUUAUUAUCUUCCGCCUUCCUGGAGUUAUGUGCUUUGUCCCCUUGGGCAAAACACGUAAUCCUGAAUUGUCUACCAAUCUAUGCAUCACUGUGUGAAUGCACGUGUUUGUCAGUGUGAUAGGGUAAAUGUGGAUCUGAUGUAAAGUUCUUUGAUUGGUUGGUUUGACUAGAAAAGUGCAAAAUAAAUUGAGUCCAUUUAAAAGUCGA